UGGGCGUGGAAUCUGGCACACACAAAGCGAGGCUGCGCCAGAACGAACACUCACUCGAUCACCAGUUUUUGUUUUGUUUUUUUUGGAUUGAAGGAUUGUGGAGCCUCAAAUUAAAGCAGGAGAGGGAAGGAAGGAGGGGAGAGUUUGGGGUCUCAAUGCGAUCACGAUGGGGAGUGUAUUGAUUUGCUGAGCGCACUCCACAAUUGGCUGCAUCUCAUCGCCUCGCACUCCACGCGCGUAACACGCUCGCCUUCGCGGAGAACAUGUGUGUCAGCUGAGCCGGAGGAGAGCGUCUCGUUGACAUAUUUUCCUCUUUUGUUUAUAGAGCAGACAAGUGGACGCCUCUUUUUUUUGGGGAGGUUGCUGUUGCUUUGUCACGCCUCUUUAUUAGAAUUGCAGACACUUGUGCGCCCGCCGCCGACUCGCUUCAUCGGAAAGAUUGAAUAAUUCACGCUACAAUCACGCCUCGUCGCCCCCACCCUCCCCCGGGUGAUCCUUUCCUGCCUUUCUCCGUACCUUCCCGGUGUCUCCUCGGUGGAUUUAUCGACCGUUGAAGCUGCGCACGCAUCUCGAAUAUCAUCUGUUGCUGCCGCCGCCGUUACCGGAGGAGACGCAAUCCCGGCAUCUUCGGACGCGAUGAUCAAAAAGAACGUUUGAUUGGAUGUUUUCGGCUAAAAUGGACGAAAAGGUGUUGUUACUUUUAUUGCUGCUGCUGUCCUUACAGGCGAUGCUGCGCCCGCUGCUGUGAUUCGAUUCAUCAUGAUCCGUCUAUGCCGCCGACCCCCCCUCCCUCAUUGAUCCACGCCGUAAGUUUAAUAGCCGCCUGAGCAUUUCGGCGUGAAGUGAUCCAGCGAGGCAGCAAACACAGCAAACCCAACCAAAACGAGAACGUGGAUGUAUCGGCCGGCACCCCACGUCACGCUAGCCCCGCAGAUUUGAUUUCUCCCACUCGGCACGCAAAUGUUGAUGAUGGAGGACGACGAACUGGACGCUCAUCAGGUUGAUUCGGAUUUCGAGCCACAAAGCCGGCCUCGCUCGUGCACCUGGCCGCUGCCAUGCCCGGAGGAUUUCCCCGAGGUCAGCGGGGGGCUCCCGCUGGCUGCCGGCAUCAAGGUGGAGCCCGAGGACGUGCCGGCUUGCCGAGCCGGGCUGCUGCUGGCGGGCGGCGCGCCGGCCGAGCUCAAGCAUCCGGCCGGCGCCCCGGCACCGGCCGGCGCCACGCACCCGUGCCUGGACGCCAGCGGACCGCUGCGCAAAGCCAAGUCGUCGCGGCGGAACGCCUGGGGGAACCAGUCGUACGCGGACCUCAUCACCCGCGCCAUCGAGAGCACCCCGGAGAAGAGGCUGACGCUGUCGCAGAUCUACGACUGGAUGGUCCGCUACGUGCCCUAUUUCAAGGAUAAAGGCGACAGCAACAGCUCGGCAGGAUGGAAGAAUUCCAUCCGCCACAACCUGUCCCUGCACACCCGCUUCAUCCGCGUUCAGAACGAGGGUACAGGGAAGAGCUCCUGGUGGAUGUUGAACCCCGACGGAGGGAAGAUGGGCAAGGCUCCUAGGCGGCGAGCCGUCUCCAUGGACAACAGCACCAAAUAUCUCAAGAGCAAAGGUCGCAUUCGAGGCAAGCGGGUGGGACGCCCUGGAAUCGGAGCAGGCUCUGUCGUCGCUGGCUCUCCUGACCAGGGCAGCCCGCCGCAUAAAGGCCUGCCCGGUUCCGGGGGGACGUCUGUGACGGACAGCGAGUUCGACGCCUGGACUGAUCUCCACUCCAGGGCCAGCUCAUCAGCCUCCACCCUGAGCGGGCGACUGUCGCCCAUCCUGGCGGAGGGGGAACCAGAGGAACCAGAUGAGGGAGGCCUGUCCUGCUCCACCUCCCCCCACCUGUACCCAUCGCCCACCGCCCGCUCUCCGUCCAUGGGGGCGGGCAACCGCUGUCCUCCCCUUGAGCAAUUGCCUCAGCUGGCAAGCCUGACAGGUGCCAUCAGUCUGGAUGAACAGCUGAUGGAGGACAGCUAUCAUCACCAUCACUCACAGCAGCAGCAGCAGCAGCAUCCCUCUGUUGGCAGACAUAAGCACCAAACGGCCAUCUACCACUACAGUUCUGCAGUGAAGGGCCAGUCCUCCUACGGUUCAGGUGGCUACGGCACGCCAGGCAUGGGCAUGAUGCGCCACCCAAUGCCCAUGCAAACCAUCCAAGAGAAUAAGCCAGCCAGGUUCUCGGGAACCAUGCGGACAUACUCCGGCACCAAUGCCCUGCAUAGUCUCCUGACGGGAGGCUCGGCCGGGCAGCCGUACUGCCCCAAGGAAAUGAUGCUGGGCCUGAAGAGGGAAGGCCAUUCCUUGAUGCCGUGUAACGGCACCAACGCUCACAGCCACCACGCCGGGGGGCACCACGAAGGCCACAACGGACCUCACAGUCACAGCCACAACAGAACUCACAGCCAUACGCCCGUUCACAAUCACAGCUUGAGUCGCGUGGGCCACAACCACACCCCGCCCCGAGCGCUGCCCCUCAACCCGUGCGGCAACCCCCUGCAGAGCUACAAUCACAAAACCCCCUACCUGUAUAGCCCGCCGUCGCACGCCCACCUCCCGGCGUCCACCACGCUGCCCCCUAACCCAGCGGGGAUGCUAGGCAUGCCCCAGGACUCCUGCCAUCUGGCCACGGCGCCGCACCCUCGUCACAAUCACUACCCCGAGCCGCAGCACCAAGCCAUGGCCAACGGAGCCUUCCACCACGGUCAGGGGAUGGUGGGCAGCAACGUCGCCGGCGGCUACCACCACGGCUACCACCAAGCCCACCCGCACGAGAGACUGCCGGCUGACCUGGACAUCGAUAUGUUCCAGGGCAGCUUGGACUGCGACGUGGAGUCCAUCCUCCUCCACGACAUCAUGGACUCCGGAGAGGAGAUGGACUUCAAUUUUGACUGCUCCCUCGCCCAGGGGGUGGGCAUCGGGAUGGGAAUGGGGAUGGGCGUGACCGUGGGCAUGGGGAUGGGGAUGAGCGGGCUGGCGGGUCCGCAGCAAACCCACAGCAACCAGAGCUGGGUCCCCGGCUAAACUCUGGGACCGGCCAUCUGGCGCCCGCUGCAGAACAAUCGUACCCAGAAAGCACUGUGCUCAACUGUGACAUUCCUGACUUGACACAGAGACUAUAGGACCAUGUCUUUCUUUGUUGUCUGUCGCCCCUUCCUCUUUUUCGCUCCUCACCCCUCCCCUCCCCGUGAGUUAGAGCUCAUAUCUCAUUUGGUAUUUCCUCAUAUCAGCUAAAUUGUGAUGACAAUCUCAGCGACAUUGCUUCUCAUCCACCACGAGAGCUGACCUCUCCAUGCACUUUAUCGCAAGUGUGUUCUCAGACCAGCUCUUGUAGAACCUGGCUGAGUUGGUCAAGUGUCAGAAAUCAAACUCAGAUAGGACUCAAAGUCAGAAGCAGGGACCAGAAAGUGCAAGAACCCCCCCCCCCCCCCCCAAAAAAAGAAACCCCUUGCUGCAUUACAAUUGCAGCACAAAAACCCAAGCAAAAAUGUCAAUAAAUGCAAAUCUGCUUUUGAUCCGGAACCAUUUUCCUCUUAAUGAACUUCAUGUUCAUGAGAUCCAAUCAAUUCUCGCCAAUGUCUUAGCGCGACGUUGUUGUUAUUUAUGGCCUCAUCCAUCCAGACCUUGGCACUUUCUUUUCUGUUGGAUGCGAUGUUUAGUUAAUGUCCUCUUGCCAUUGAGCCCAGGCGCCUUGUCACGACAUCACCAAAUGGAUUCCAUCAUUACUCGCUUGCAUGCAAUUUGCUGAAUUAAAAACUUGUAUCACCUUGUCUCACCUGGGCCUCUGGAGCAACUCACUCUCUCUCUCUCUCUCUCUCUCUCUCUCUCUCUCUCUCUCUCUCUCUCUCUCUCUCUCUCUCUCUCUAGCUCUUUCUUACUCUCUCCUCGCCUGCCAGCGGAGACAAAGUGGCCAUUACUCACAGCGAGCCAUUAAUGGGGCUUGAUUGAAAUUCAGCAUCUUGCUUUUAAUCUCCAAAGUGAUGCGGCAGCCAUGCGUCAUUAUUGAGAAGCUAACACAUUGUCCUCCCAUAUCUCACCCGGGGGGAGGGGGGGAGGGGGUUUGGGUUGUCGCGAAAGCCCAGACAAAAUGGUGGCGUGCCAAUGUCAGCGUCCAGUUUUGGCUGAGCUGGAAAACAAGUCUCGCCUUUAAAUGGCAAAUCAAAACAAAAAGACGGUUUGCAAUACUUUCAUAUUGCAAAGAAAAUGUUGAUACGAGAUGAGAAGCCCGCCGCAUCCCGCAUUGGUUGGUACGCAAGAGCUCUUGCGCUCUUGGGAAAAAAGGGGCUCGGGUUGAUGAGAAGCCCGCAAAGCCAUUUGCCCACAACUAACCCCCGCCCUCCCCUCGGCACCCCCUUUUUUUUCCGUGUGUUGUCGUGUAGUUGUUGUCGUGUCGUUGCUAAUUUUAAGGACCAACAGCGCUGACGUGUUAGCAGUGAGGAAACUCUUGUCGGUGAAAUCAUGUCAGUAGUCGUACAAGUAUGACCUUCUUCCCAGCCUUCGGUCGCCCGCCCACCCACCCACGUGUGUACAAUUGUCUCUGUGUUUGUGUGUGUGUGGGGGGGAGGGGGUGUAUGGGAGUCUGGAGCUUCUUUCUCGUUGGCCUUGAGAGAGUCAAAGAGAGGACACCUUUUUUCCCCUCAACUUCUUCUCUGGCUCCUCCAAGCAGAGCCCCGGCGCAUUUGAGCUUGGAGACAAAAGCAAAAGGUGGGUUGGGUGGGGGUGGGGGCCGGGUUAUAGCUCCAGCCAAAGGUCAAAUAAUGGCAGAGACUAUCAGACCAUUAAGUAAGGGAAUUGCAGGGCUUUUCUCUGGCGCUGGUUCCAGUCAAAAGUGCCGGUGGGGAAGGCGGGCGGUCGUCGAAGCAAAACGGCUGAGUGGUGAUGGUGGAAGCCACACGCAAGCAACAUGCUUCUUCUGUCUGUUCCAAAAGAGAGCUACCCGGGAUUUUCCGAUAUUUAUUUACGAAAGAGAUUGGUCUUUGUCGAAUCCUAAAUGUGGUAGUUGUUUGAGUCAACGCCUGUACACCCUAACCCUCCCCUCUCCCCCCUCCUGUUUUUUAAGAUGUCAACACCGCCUCUUCCUCCUCUUGGUUUUACUUACAUUUAUUUUGUACAAAAUCUAUAUAAGAAUAUUGUAAAAUAGUUUUUAAAAAAAUCUGAAAAGAAUAUCAGUUUUGCUGUCUAUUUCUUUUUUUUUCAAGAGAAUGUAUCUCAUCAUCUGGUGACUGUUAAAUAAAUGCAUUUAAAAGAAAGAA